AUGGAGCAUGUAGGAAGAAGAGGGAAAGUAAGUCCCCACGAUUGGCAUCCAAGCCGGAGACCCAAAAGGGAGCCUAAAAUGAAGAAGAAAAUAAAGGUGAAAAGGGAAAGAAAGAAGAAAGACAUAGAGGAACUGAAGAAGGAGGUGGUCAUGAAUGAUCACAAAUUGACCUUGGAAGAGCUGAGCGCCAAGUACUCAGUGGACCUGACAAAUGGCCACAGUCCUGAAAAGGCAAAGGAAAUCCUGAUUCGGGAUGGACUCAAUACACUUACGCCUCCCCGCACCACUCCAGAAUGGGUCAAAUUCUGUAAACAACUGUUCAGUGGUUUUGCCCUCCUUCUGUGGAUUGGUUCCAUUCUCUGCUUCAUGGCCCAUGGCAUCCAGCUAUAUUUCAAUGAGAAAUCUACCAAUGAUAAUCUGUACCUGGGCAUUGUUGUGGCUGUCAUCAUUGGCAUCACUGGCUGCUUCUCUUAUUACCAGGAGGCCAGGAGUUCCAAGAUCAUGGAGUCUUUUAAGAACAUGGUGCCACAGCAAGCCCUGGUAAUUUGAGGAGGAAAGAAGAUGCAAAUUAAUGUACAAGACAUAGUGGUGGGAGACCUGGUAGAAGUGAAGGCCGGAGACCGAAUCCCUGCUGACCUACGGCUUAUCUCUGCACAAGGGUGUAAGGUGGACAACUCAUCCUUGACUGGGGAGUCAGAGCCCCAAUCCCGGACCACUGCUUUCACCCAUGAGAACCCUCUGGAGACAAGAAAUAUCUGCUUCUUCUCCACCAACUGUAUGGAAGGAUCAGCCUGGGGUGUUGUGAUUGCAACAGGAGACUCCACAGUGAUGGGCCGAAUUGCCUCACUGGCAUCAGGCCUGAAAACUGGCCAAACCCCCAUUGGUGCUGAGAUUGAACACUUCAUCCAUCUGAUAACAGGGGUGGCCAUCUUCCUUGGUGUCACUUUUUUUGUACUCUCUCUUGCGUUGGGCUAUGGCUGGCUAGAGGCUGUAAUUUUUCUCAUUGGCAUUAUUGUGGCCAAUGUACCUGAGGGGCUGCUGGCCACCGUCACGGUGUGCCUGACGCUGACAGCCAAGCGCAUGGCGCGGAAGAACUGCCUGGUGAAGAACCUGGAGGCGGUGGAGACGCUGGGCUCCACGUCCACCAUCUGCUCGGACAAGACGGGCACCCUCACCCAGAACCGCAUGACCGUCGCCCAUUUGUGGUUUGAUGGAACUGUGCACAAUGCCGACACCAGCGAGGAACAGACUGGUGACUAGAAAUUCACCAAGGGCUCUGAUACCUGGUUUACCCUGGCCCAGAUUGCAGGUCUCUGCAACCGGGCUGACUUUAAAGCUGACCAGGAGACCUUGCCCAUAACUAAGCGGGAAACAACAGGGGAUGCUUCAGAGUCAGCCCUCCUCAAGUUUGUCGAGCAGUGUUACAGCUCCGUGAAGGAGAUGAGAGAGAAAAGUCCCAAAGUGGCAGAGAUUCCCUUUAAUUCUACCAACAAGUACCAGCUGUCCAUCCAACGUCAGGAGGAUGGCUCCCCGGGCCAUGUGCUGAUGAUGAAGGGUGCUCCGGAGAGGAUCUUGGAGUUCUGCUCCUCCUUCCUCCUGCAUGGCCAGGAGUUCCCAAUGGAUGAUAAAAUGAAGAAUGCCUUCCAGGAUGCCUACUCAGAGCUGGGAAGUCUGGGGGAACGCGUGCUAGGGUUCUGCUUCUUAAAUCUUCCAAGCAGCUUCUCAACAGGAUUCCCCUUUAACACAGAUGAAAUAAAUUUUCCCAUGAGUAACCUGUGUUUUGUGGACCUCAUAUCCAUGAUUGACCCUUCUCGUGCUGCUGUGCCUUCUGCUGUGAGCAAGUGUCGUAGUGCAGGGAUUAAGGUCAUCAUGGUAACAGGGGGUCAUCCCACUACAGCAAAGGCCAUUGCCAGAGGUGUGGGCAUCAUCUCAGAAGACACUGAGACAGCAGAGGACAUUGCUGCCCGGCUUGACAUCCCUGUCAGCCAGGUUGAUCCCAGUAAAACCAAAGCCAUUGUGGUGCAUGGCUCAGAGUUAAAGGAGAUGAACUCAGAGCAGCUCAGCCAGAUCCUCCUAAGCCACACGGAGAUGUUUGCCCGAACCUCCCCUCAGCAGAAGCUCAUCAUUGUAGAGGGCUGUCAGAAGUUGGGAGCCAUUGUGGCGGUGACGGGGGAUGGGGUGAACGACUGCCCUGCGCUGAAGAAGGCCGACAUUGGCAUUGCCAUGGGGAUCACUGGCUCUGACGUCUCCAAGCAGGCGGCCAACAUGAUCCUGCUGGAUGACAACUUUGGCUCCAUCGUCACAGGCGUGGAGGAGGGUCGCCUCAUCUUUGACAACCUGAAGAAAUCCAUCGCCUACACCCUGACCAGCAACAUUCCUGAGAUCACCCCCUUCCUGCUGUUCAUCAUCCUCAGCAUCCCCUUGCCUCUGGGCACCAUCACUAUCCUCUGCAUUGACCUGGGCACAGACAUGAUACCUGCUAUCUCCUUGGCUUAUGAGUCCCCAGAGAGUGACAUCAUGCAGAGGCAUCCACGGAACCCAAAGACUGAUAAUCUUGUGAAUCACCGUCUCAUUGGCAUAGCCUAUGGACAGAUUGGGAUGAUCCAGGCUCUAGCUGGAUUCUUCACCUAUUUCGUGGUCAUGGCUGAGAAUGGCUUUACACCUUUCCAUCUGCUGGGCAUCCGCCUGAAGUGGGAUGAUCAAUUCUUCAAUAACCUGGAGGACAGCUAUGGGCAGCAAUGGACCUACCAGCAGCGGAAGGUGGUGGAGUUCACGUGCCACACAGCCUUCUUUGUCAGCAUCGUGGUGGUGCAGUGGGCUGACCUCAUCAUCUGCAAGACCCGCCGCAACUCUGUCUUCCAGCAGGGCAUGAAAAACAAGGUCCUAAUAUUUGGGCUCCUGGAAGAGACAUUACUGGCGGUUUUUCUAUCCUACACACCGGGCAUGGGCGUGGCCCUGCAAAUGUACCCACUCAGGGUAACCUGGUGGCUCUGCGCCAUUCCCUACAGCAUUGUUAUCUUCAUCUACGAUCAAGUCAGAAAACUAAUCAUCCGUAAACGACCUGACAGCUGGCUGGAGAGGGAGACGUACUACUAACCUCAACAGAGGAGCUCCGAAUGACAGGUGUCACGAGAGCCUGGACUACAAGUUCACAUAACAUCUGAGAGAGCAUAUGAGUUGGGGGCAGAGACACUGGUUGAACAGCCCCGGAUAAGAGAAGACUGGCAAUCCUGAGGCUGGGCUGAGGGCGUCACAGGGUAAUGGGGUGGGUGAGGGGAAGCCUAGCAGGGAGGGGCAUGGUCCUGUUGAAUCCAGUAGCCAGUUAAGAGAGUAAAUGUUUGGAACAGCCUUCACCUGGCUGAAUGUGUCACAUCUGAUUUUUGAGGAGCGGGAUCUUGAUAUCUUCCUAGUAACCAGGCAAGGGAGGAUGGAAGAGGAUCAGAAUCAAGCAUCCUUGCCCCAGAAGGGUCUCCCCCAUCUUAAUGUUAUUCUUGUUCUCUUCAAGAGCAAGGGACGGAUGCCUGCUCCAAAAGUACAACUGCAGCUGG